AUGUCGUGCCUCACAUCUCUCAUCUCUCACGUGCCUAGGCGUGGCGAUCACGGUCUCGCUAUGUUCAAGGAGAACGGCAGGAGAUGUAAUGAAGCUAGGGAGCAUAGGCCGACGAUCCGAUGGAAGAGGGCAAUGGUGGGAGCAUGCCCGGUCAAUGGGCGCGAGCUUGGACAUCGUAGCCCAGCCAGCAGUCACACAGGCGCGGUCUUUGAUGUCAUUUAUUGGGCUGGUAUUGCGAAUAGAGCUUGGCCGGGGCGUCCACAACCCCAAAGCCCACACGACCCGGGCCCUCUGAUACGCCCUGAAGUGAGUCGACUCGACAUACCCACACCCCGCAACCGAGCGUGGGGAGCGUGUACGGGCACUUGCGUACUUCGCAUGGCUAAUUUGCUGCCAUUGAUCAAGGUCCCGAAGGACCGCCAUGGCGACGGGCCUGUGCCGAGACGGGCGGGAACCAUCCGUCCUGUGCAUAGCCACCGUCAUCUACAAUCUUCACAUCUCACGAACCGCGAAAUCUGGGCACAAGACAAGAAAAGGCAAAGAACCACAAAUAGACGUACAGGCAGGAAAGGGGCUCAAAACACGAAGAAAACCAUGCCUGGCGAGAGGGAAAAGAGCAGGUCAUGCAUCGUCCCUCGUGACGGGACCCAUGCACGUCUGAGGGGAAAAACGACAAUGUCGUCCACAAGUGGCCCAAAUAUAGUGUUCGCAGGGUUUUGGGGGGCUGUGACGACCGGCCCCGUUUCUUCUCCUCAGACCGAGACAAGGGUUGGCCAGGGGCGCAGGAGAAAGGGGGAAGCCAGGGCCUUUUGA